AUGUCUAUGUUGAAGGAGCGUAUUCAAUUGGGGGAGAGUGAAACAUCAUCUUACAGCCAUCGUACUCCACUCACCCCAGUCAACGUGGAGGCACCUCGACAACCGGUAGUUACCCCCGUCGAUUUGGCGAAGGAGGCGGAGGAGGACGCUGAACGUGGUGAAAACUUUCCGGACACUUGUGGUGACAGCAGUCAGAUUGACGAUGCAGACAUGUUUUCACCGGCUGCUUUGGAGUCGACCCAUCAAACGUCCACUUCCUUUAUGCCUUCCGAGCCAUCGAUUGUACGGGAGGGGCUGAAUGCAGCAUACCACCCACUACGUGUGAUAAGACCACAUUCACAAAGCGUGAGGAACCAUCGUAAUAAGGGUUUUGAUGGGUCUCUUGCGAAAGGAAUCAUUUACGGUAAAGGAGUUGGAGCCAUGGCAAGAGACGGCGACUGGGAAAAACCAGGAUCACGGAAGCACCCAUCGGAGGAGGAGAUAAUUGCCUUUAGCCAGGAGUUAAUUGAAUCCUCACAAAAUAAGGUCUCACCGUGGUUCGAUUUCGUGAAGGAGCCUUCUGCGCCCCUUCGAUCCACUUCGAUAUCCGCCUAUCUGCAAGCAGUCGGUCUGGACUUCGGUCAGAAGGUAGUGCAACGGAAGCCCCCUUGCUCUAUUCCCUUCUUCGCUGCCCUCGAUCGAGUAAUCAACACUCCUCUUCUGACACGCAUCAAAGUUGUGGAUAGGUGUCUGUUAGAUCACUUUGUGAUGGAACUGAAGCUGCUUGACCAUCUUCGUUUCGUGCAGAACAUCUUCUGCCAUGCGCAUCCUGUCAUCACCCCUCGCAUUCUGGACGCCCUCUUCUCUGAGCUUUCGAGUCCGGAAGAGGGUCGAAGUAUCUUCAACGAUACGAGAAAAUUUCAGGAUUUACUACCCGUCGACCUCCUCAACAUAAAAGUCCCGAGCCACGGGAUGCAAAUUAACACCUUUUCACCAUUUGACAUCAGCUUCCAACGUGUUCUUUUCUACUUCAAGCAGCUUCAGACCGUCCAAUCGGCCGAUAGUGGUGGCUACGUGGGCAGAGUAUUUAGCAACCUCGCCUUGGUCUACAACGCACCCUGGCCGGUGAAUAUUUGUCUGCAUGAUCGGGUGUUAGCCAAGUACAACACUGUCUUCUGUAUUCUGGCUCGUGUAAAAUACGCCCUUUGGGCGCUAGAAUCUGUCUUUCAUUUCCUCCGGGAUCAUCGAUGUGACAUCCCGGCAUUAGCGGGUGUUCACUUCCAGGCCUCUCUAUGGCGUCAUGAGAUGGAUCGGGUGGUGCGCGACCUUGAUGCCUACCUCUGCCUGCAUGCAGUCCAAUUCAGUUGGAGGGUUUUCAUCAAACGGAUUGGGGCUUUUGAACUCCCUUCGCUUCUGGACGAACACUCACAGCCUCCGGAAGAGCUUACUACUGUGAGGAGCCUUGAUGAAUUGUGCCAAUGCCAUGAGGAGUGCGUGGAUGCUAUCAUCCAUAGUUGUCUCGUGGACAAUGAGAAAGGUAGCCUGAGUAUCCAAGACUCGAUAGUGGGACUGCUCGAGUCCGUGCAUCGUUUCCGGAGGACGCUGUUGCUGAUCCAAGGUCAGGACUAUGCUGCAUCCAACCAAUUACAUACAACCGUUGACCAAUUCCGGGCACAUUCUCAAUCCCUGCAUAGGCUCCUGAAGGCUCGUGUUGUCGGUCACCAAUUCGGGGCGAAAGAGCUUUCGUACCUUGCACACACCCUUGACUACCGCCACUUUUAUACCGACUAA